GACACCUUGCCGGUCAUUAUUGUAUUCCAGUCUUCAUGUGAACAGGUUGCUGAUUUUCGGUUUGCUUUUUGGGCUCUACACAAGUGUACGCCAGUGUCUGCCAAUUUAUGUUGAAUUCCUCAUUGCUCCAAGCUACUGUACUAUCCGUUGUCUGCCGUCAAGCCUGGUGCAUCUCGAUCUUACAGAAGACCACAUUUGCCAUGGACCCUGUCACAAUUGUUCUGUCCGCUGUGGUCAUCCUACUUUUGACCUAUGUGUAUAACAAUUGGAAACAAAAUUACAAUAAUUUUCCCCCAGGACCAAAGCCUUUGCCCAUCAUUGGAAAUUUACAUAUGGUUGACAAGAAUAAACCGAUGAAUACAUGUCUAGAGCUUUCUAAGAAGUAUGGCCCGGUACUCGGCAUCCAUUUGGGCAUGAUAAAGAUGGUCGUCCUAAGUGGUUAUGAUACAAUCAAAGAUGCUCUAAUCAACCACGCUGAGGAAUUUUCUGACAGACUUGUUCCCCCAAUCAUGUCUAAAAUGGCAAAGGACAAUGGUAUUAUCUAUGCUAAUGGUGAGAACUGGAAAGUUAUGAGGCGAUUUACUAUAUCCACAUUACGAGACUUUGGGAUGGGGAAAAAAAGUAUAGAAAACAAGAUUGUUGAAGAGGCUGCUUGUUUAACACAGGCCAUUAAAUCCUAUGGAGGAAAACCGUUUGAUAAUUUGCCCGUCAUUAAUGCUGCUGUAGCCAAUAUUAUUGUGUCCAUACUACUGAAUCGCAGAUUUGAAUACGAUGAUCCAACCAUUCUAAAGCUCAUGUACCUAAUUAAUACCAAUAUAAAACUCAUGGGAAAACCUAUUGCCAUGCUGUACAAUUGUUUUCCGUAUGUGAUGGACUGGCUACCAGGCGUUCACCAAAGUGUUUUUGAAAACUUUAGAACGUUGUUUAACUUUAUAAGAGCGACCUUUAGAAAACAGAAGGAGGAACUGGAUGUAAAUGACCAGAGGAAUCUGAUUGAUGCUUUCCUGGUUAAGCAACUUGAGGAAAAGCCAGAAUCCACUUUGUAUUACCACAACGAUAACCUGACUGUACUUAUUGCUGAUCUGUUUGGUGCUGGGAUGGAUACAACCUCAACAACUCUGAGAUGGGGCCUCCUGCUAAUGAUGAAAUAUCCAGACAUCCAAAAAAAAGUUCAAAAUGAAAUAGAAAGAGUGGUUGGAUCGGCUCAACCUCGGGUAGAACACAGGAUACAAAUGCCUUACACCGACGCCGUCUUACAUGAAAUUCAGCGGUUUGGUGACAUCUUACCGGGUAGUGCACUACACUCAACUUCUCAAGACGUCACAUUCAGGGGCUACUUUAUUCCAAAGGGGACUUUUGUGAUACCAUUUUUGACCACUGCACUGAGAGAUGCCGCCUACUUUGAAAAACCAGAUGAGUUUUACCCAGAACAUUUUCUCACUUCAGAAGGACAAUUCAAGAAGAACGAAGCAUUCAUACCAUUCUCAUUAGGUAAAAGAAGCUGUGCUGGGCAAAACCUGGCUAAAAUGGAGCUAUUUGUGUUCUUCACAGCGUUGCUGCAGAACUUCACCUUCCAGGGUACUCCCGGAGCGCAGCUAGACCUCACUCCUGAAUUGGGCGCAACUAAUGCCCCCCGGCCUUAUGAUACCUGUGCUAUACCCCGCAGCUAGAACAUGUUGUUGUUUGUUUGUUUGUUUUUUUGUUUUUUUUUUUGGUGUAGACUUCCAGUGACAAAAGAAAGCAACAGAAAGAAUUGCAUUGGAUUUUCAUAUUUUUGAAGGUUUUUAAUGUUAGGAAGUACUGUACUUGCUUCCCUAGUGCGAAUGUUGCAGCUACUGGUAACAAAUGUGUAAUGUAAUGUUUCCUUUAUGAUGGAUAAAUGUUCACCAUUCUGCUCUCCUUCACUAAUGAUAUACUGUAUGCAGUAACACAUUCAGCCAUGUAUGUCCCAAAAUACAGUGGUAAGUAGAUGACACGUGAGGGAAAGAACAAAGUAUUAAUACGCCAGGGCCCCCUUUGCUUCUACUUUGUGUAAUCCGAGUAAUUCUGGGAUUCAAUAGAAUGUGGAUUCACCAAUAAAUAAGUGCGUCACUAA